CCACAUUCUAAAAUUUAGAAUACUGGGUAAGUACCCAUUUAGAAGUAGCGAGCCGUUAGUGGGCACAUAUACCUUGACGCAUCGUGCCUCGGUAAACAACCACCGCUUCAAUCCUAAGUAAAUCAUUAAUAUUCCAUGAUAGUACCGUCCCUCCGGAAAUGUUGGGAAUUAAAUACAAAAGACGGGGGGUGAGAUGCAUCAAAUAUUUAUGUUUUAAAAUGGCGGACGAAAGCGAAGAAGGAGCGGUAACAUAUAAACUUCGGAAAUUUACAGAAACUGAUAAAGUGAACUUCAUUUUGGAUUCAAUUCCAGAAGCCUGUAAAACUAUUACAAAAACUGAGAGGGCACUUCAGGACUUGAGAGGUAAUUUUGUGUUUUUAAUCGACCAUUUUUGUUCUGUACAAAUACCACGGACCACUGUCAAAAAUUGUAAAUGUUUAUAUAAUAAUUAUCUUUAUUGCAGAGAUUCUAGACAGAUAUCAAGAACAACCACAUCUACUUGACCCAUACCUAGGUAACGUAUGAGAUUAGCCUGGGACAAACUAAUCUCAAUCUGGGCCUAUAAAGCUGAAAGUUCUUUGUUGCAGACUUGCGAACUGCCGAACUCUACAUGUAUUGAUUCUUAAGAAGUUGGAGUCUGCAACUAAGAAUUUAUUUCCUGUGCCUGUUAGCAUUAUGCUGUAGAGUUGUAGGGCUGUUGAAUUGUAGAGUUGUAGGGCUGUAGAAUUGUAGAGCUGUUGGGUUCUAGAGCUGUAGAAUUGUAGGGUUGUAGAAUUGUAGAGCUGUAGAGUUGUACAGCGUUAGGGUUGUAGAGCUAUAGGGUUGUAGAGCUGUAGAGUUGUACAGCAAUUUAUUAGGAAUAAAUAUUAAAUAAUAAUAAAUAGUAAAUAAUUAACAAAAAACGUUGUCCCAAAACUCAGGAUCCCAGAAACAAAAUAUAAUUUCCUGCUAUGCCUAGCAUAUCCAUUGUAAGUGACACUGCAUUGUGCUAUUGAGAUUUAUCAAUAUGUAAACACAACCUUCUGACAAUAAACUAAAUGUUUUCAUUUAAGAGUCAUUCACCGGCAAGUUAUUAUGCAUAAUUCAGGAUUCGACAUCAGAUCAGAAAAUAUCAUCACAAGCUUUCAAAUACCUUUAUCUUUUUACAAAAGUA